AUGAGCAGGCAGUGCUGCACCUCUAAAUCCUUUAAUGGGAGACGGAAUUAUAUUUCUAGCGGUGGGCUCCAUGCGGGCAGCAAUGCGUCCUCCUCCUUCCGCCUCCUUGAGCAUAGCAGGAGAUACUCUGGAGCAAACCUGAGUAGCAGGCAGGGCUACGGGGCUGCGCCUUUUGGCUACAGUCUUGGGCCGGUGGGCUUUGGUGCCGGAAUUGCAAAGAAUGAGGAAUUUAGCAGUCAAAGUGCAGGGACCAACAGCCAGGCCAGAGCAGCUGGCAACCAAAGCAGCGGCCAUCACAGACACGAAGCAUUCACCAGCCAGAGUGUUGGUGGUGGGAAUAGCCAUGGCAGACGCUAUCGGCCAGAAGGUUUCAGCACUCGAAGUCUGGGUUGCAAUGUCAGACGUGCUGUCGGUUAUGAAUGCCUUAGCCGCUUUGGGGAAGGGAGGGGCAUCCAUACAGUCCGAAUCAACCCAAACCUGUUGCAGCCUCUUAGGAUCCAGAUUGAUCCGGAGAUUUCUCGAGUGAAGGAGGAGGAGCGGGAGCAGAUCAAAACCCUGAACGAUAAGUUUGUCUCCUUCAUUGAUAAGGUCAAGCACUUGGAGCAACAGAAUAAGCUUCUGGAAACCAAAUGGAACUGCCUGCAGCAGCAGGAGCCUGUGGAGAAGGCCAACAUUCAGCCUCUCUUUGAAAAUUACAUCACAUCCUUGAAGCAGCAGCUGCAGCGGCUGCUGAAUGAAAGGGAACAGCUGCAAUUGGAGCAGUCAAAAUUCCAGGAUAUGGUUGAAGAGUUCAAAAGCAGGUAUGAAGAGGAAAUCAACCACCGGAUGAGUGCAGAAAAUAAUUUUGUGCUGCUAAAAAAGGAUGUUGAUAUUGCCUAUAGCAACAAAGUUGAUCUAGAAGUGAAAGUGGAAUCCCUGAGACAGGAGCUCAACUUCAUCCGAUGUGUCUUUGAAGCUGAGAUAGAGAGUUUACAGGCAGCAAAUGCAGAAACCAACGUUAUUGUGUCAAUGGACAACAGUAGAGUCCUUGACAUGGAAGGAAUAAUACACUCAGUGAGAUCUCAGUAUGAAGAGAUUGCCCAGAAGAGCAAGGAUGAGGUCAAUGCUCUGUAUGAAAACAAGUACAAAGAGCUACAGAACACAUGGGGAAAUUAUUGCAACAAUCUCAGCAGUGGCCGUCAUGAAAUCCAAGAACUUACCCGUAUGGUCCAGAGAUGCAGAAGUGAAGUGGAAAGUACCAAAAAACAGAUUGAUGCGUUACAGACAUCUAUUGCUGACAAUGAGCAGCGAGGAGAGAGUGCUUUGAAAGAUGCCAAGUUAAAGCUAACUGAGGUGGAGAACAAUCUGCAGAGCUCAAAAGAUGAAUUGGCUCGCCUGCUGAGAGAUUACCAGAACGUGCUGAAUGUCAAGAUUGCCCUGGAUAUUGAGAUUGCGAUGUAUAAGUCACUUCUGGAGGGAGAAGAGAACAGGAUAUCUAAUGCUCCUCCUGUUAACAUAUCUGUUGUAGGUUCUUCCAACAUCUCUGUAGCUGGUGGAUGUUCUUAUGGCAGGACAAUCGGAAGGAGACAAGGUUACACCCAAAGAAACAAGAACGGCAGUGGAAGAUCCAGCUCUAGAAGUGGAGAUCACGGCAGCAAACAUGCGCUAACCCCUAGGAGUGGAGACAGCCUUUCUAAAUCCUCCAUAAGCUCUGGGUUUGGACAAAGUGGUAGCCCUACUGUGGUCUCAUCUACUCCUAAGAAUUCUGAUCUGGCCAAUGUGGGAAGUCCUGGAAGUGGAGGGUAUAGUUCUAAGAGUAGAGGAUACAGCAGCACAAACACAACACAUAUUUCUGCAACUACCGGGGUUUCUAGCAAAGGUGCCUCCGGAGGGAUCUCUGUGAGUGGCAGCUAUAAUAUCCAGAGCAGUGGAGGAUACUCUGGGGAUGAUUACAGCAGUCUUUAUUAG